AUGUUCUGCACAAGCCUACGACGACGCAGCUUCGACUUUGCCUCCAUCUUGCCGAAGCUGACAUCGCCAUCAGCUCUGGGUCUGCGCGAGAACGACCUCGCAACGCACGAUAUCGCUCUCUACGUCGGCCCAAAGGCUGGAACCAAUCCACGCCAACUCCGCGUACUCCUUUUGUCGCCCUCGUCCGUCUCGGAAAGUAAAAUCAAGCCCACRAUCGAACGAAUUCGGCAUCUUACUCAUCUCACUGGUGGCCAAGAUAUGGCCACCAUCUUUCUCAUCUCUCCACCAGCAGGUGCUCGUUUCGCAUCCGCCAGCACUCUCAUCGCCUCGUCUGAAGAUCACGACACGAGUGGAAUGCUUUCUUUCUGCAAACUGCAAGCAGAACUGAAUUCCCACUCAGACCUCMACGCAUCGAUUAUACCACUGCCGACGCUCGAUACUCUACCAGCUUUGCUUCAAAGCCAUCUUUCCGUGAUUGCGAGUCCAAUGCGAAUGCAAGCUCCCGUGACAACGCCAUUCCAACUCCUUCAGCACUGCACAGUCACGCAGCCUUUGAGUCAGCAGACUGCGUUCCUGCUGAGUGACUGUUUUGACGGCGUGCGGGAGUUGGCUGAGGGAUGCUGCCUAGUUCUCAAUUCUGCGCCAGAUCUCAAUUCGUCUUCGUCUUUUGCGGAUCAAGCCUCUGGAAUGACGAAAGAAGAACAAGUAAGACAGACGUUGAAGAAGCUCCGAGAUCUCAUCGAUGCAAAAGACUGGGAGGAUCUGGUGGUCUUCUGGGAAAAGGAGUGGGCAGUGGAUUAA